AUGUCGAAUGCUAAUACUCUUGUUGAAGGCUAUCCUCGACUGGCCGCUCAGAUGGGCCAUUAUCCCGAGACUGGUAUCUAUCGCCGAUUCGCUUCCCUCAAUUCACAGAAUUUGCUUUACCUUCAGGCUGAGCUUGUCCAUCUUGAGAAGAAAGUUCGACAAUUAGAGACUGCUGCUAGUCGAGAGCAAGGUGGCAACAAAUAUUUGUAUGCCAAAGACUGGUAUUGGCUGAAAGUUUCAGCGGAAGACGGCGAAAAUGAGCUGUGGCAAACGGUACAGGAGACCAAGGCAAAAUUGAAGGAGUACAACGAUGCACUCCUUCAGCAAGUGACUCUGUCGGCAUUGCCAGAGCCAAACGCAUAUAGUCUCCGAACUUUACGUCACUGGCUCCAAGAGAGAAGCCUCGGAAACCUUGCUCUGAUUGGCGAGGACUCAAAAGUAUGGGGUGCUGCUAGUGAGCCUCUCAAUCAUGCCUCUGACUUGAUUGUCAUCAGGGGGCAACCGACCAUAGAUCGAUUCUCGAAAUGGUUCGUCGAAAGGUUUCUCGUCUGGUUUCACCGUCGCUUCUGGCAUCAAGUAAAACAGCUGAAUGAUAUUGAGUCGGGAAUGGCAGUCUACGAGGACGAGAAUCUCAUACGAUAUACAUCGCAUGCUACUACUAUUGUUGCAUCUUUAUUACCCGUUAUAUCUACUAUUAUUUUAUACCGAGUUCAAGAUAUUGGGUUACGGCUUGGCAUUACCGCUAUAUUCACUUUCAUUUUCGUUUUCUGCCUUGCUUUCUUUACAGAUGCACAAGCACCUGAGAUAUUCGCAGCUACUGCCGCAUUCUCCGCUGUCCAGGUGGUUUUCAUCUCAGGGAAUGGACUGCCGGUUUCUCAUUGA